AUGGAUUCAUGCACAUCAACUCCACCUGACCAGUAUUUAACACUCCAGUCAAUUCUUGAGUGCAUCCUCCGCCUUGACAUGUUAGACCAGCGCAUUGACAUGUUAGAGCGCCGCCUUGACGUGUCAGACCAUGGCAUGCGUGAGGCAAUGCAGGAGAUUCGCAGCGUCAAGAAUCUCAUUUGCAAUUGCCAGUCAGGUUUCACAAUGGAGCAUUCAGGUGGACAUGAUAGCACCGUCGACUCUCAAGCUGGAGUCAAUGACCUUGAUGCCAUUACGUCGCUUGAUGAUAGCCAAAUCAUGCUACAGCCUGCAGCAUUCCAUGGAACAUCGUCCGGGGUCAUCAGAUCGUUGUCAGGGGGUACAACAGGCCCAUUGCGCUACGGCGCUCGCAGUCCUCCUAUCACAGUUAAGCAUUCGGGUGGACGUGAUGGCAUCGUCGACUCCCAAGCUGGACUCAAUAGCCUUAAUGCCUGCACCCUCGUACAGGGUCACGGGAUCGGUGCCAUGAAGGUACAGAAGCAUAGUAUAUACUCUGAGGACUUCACGGCAUCCUAUGGUAUGGAUGCCACGGAAUCGUCAUCAGAGGGUGUGGGUGCUCGCUUCGAUUUAUCGCUCGAUGUCGAUGGCACGUCCGAUCCCGUGUGGAGGUGGAACUAUCAAUGGGUAGAGAAAGCCAAUGUAGAGAUCUCGAAAGUAACAGGCAAGGCAAUGCAUACCGUUGUUUGGAAUGUCGAGUGUUUUCAGGGGAGUGCUACAAUUGGAAAUAAACCUAAUUAG